UAAUUUCCCGUUUGCAUCUUCCCCGCAAAUGUGAAAUGAGGGAGCCGGAGCAGCAAGCAGAAAAGAGAAAACCAAGAAAUGAUGUGACAGCGCAAAAUAGGAAAUUAAAAGGUAUACUCCGAAUAGAAUACACCAAAAACUGUGCAAAAAGAAGAAAAAGGAAAAGAAAACCUUGGCUGUGUUAUUUCCGCAGUCGAUUGGCGCCAAUAGUACAACUACAAGACUAAGUCUUAGUCUUGCUUGAGUGGCUCCGAAGAUGAUCGGAGAAGAGGUUUAAAUUGUAGGACGAAGUACGAGUCUACCUGGAUGAGACUGUGUUUCCCCUCCGCUCCGGUGGCAGUUUUUUGUGUCACUUCGUUAUCAGUCUUAGGCGAGGCUAGCGUGUGUAGGCACUGGUGAACAAGGUAAACCAUUCGGAAAUAACAGGGUGAAAAGGUUCUGAGCUGCAGAUCUACAAUCAGAUAUUCAUUUUUCAGUUAUAUCUAGUAUCCUCGCAACGACGUCCCGGAACGUCAGGCCCGGUGCACCACUACAAGCCUAUCGACUGUUGAGUGCUGAACGCAUUGAACUACGAGCUCGGGACUGAAUUCUUUUCCUGUUGAGCCCAUGUCGACCGGAGCUUUUGGUCGGACGUCAGUUUCGAGCGACGUAUGCGACGCACAGGUACACGCGCUGAGUCCGAUGUCUCGCUCAGAGUCAGAGAGCAAACAUCUUCUGUCGGCUGAGAAUGGUCGAGAGUCGUCACCGGCAGACGUAACCGAUCGUGCUUCCGGCAGCGAUGCCGGUGGUGGCGAAUUUUCGCGCUCCAGAGGCUUGAGCAAUUUCUCGGCCACGGGCAUGGUGCUGCUGACAAUGUCCUUCACUGUGUCCAUGCCGUACGCCAUGGCACAGGCUACCUUGCUGGGCGGUGUGAUGCUGAUCGUGUUGGUCUCCUUCAUUAUGGCAUACAUGGCUGUGCUGGUUGGCAGGUGCUGGGUGGUACUGAUGGAAACAUGGCCGGAGCGGUACCGUGAUCAGAAAGUACGGAGACCGUACCCUGCAAUCGCCAAAGAGGCUGGUGGUCGCUUCUGGGAGAUCACCACUGUCCUUUCAGUGGACUUCACAAACUUUGGGGCCGCUGUUGUCCUGUUGCUCGCUUCAGCAUCCAUGGCUGAGAUAUUGCUGCCGGACCAUUUCUCCAUUAGAGUGUGGGCAUCGUUCUGUACUCUACCUCUCCUGCCGCUCAUUUCAUUCGGAACUCUGAUGGAGUCGCGGUGGCUGGGACUAGUUAGCGCACCAGUUUCAGUUCUGUGCACUGCAAGCAUAGUAAUUGUACUGGUGAUAAGUCACGUGUGCACGGCCAACACCGCCGACACGAUACCAACGGUUAAUGUAACACAUGUUCAGCACUCUAACACAACCACUGCCCUGUGGACAAUGACAUCCUCCACGAUAUCUCACAGCACACAAACAAGCUCAUUGGCGACGACUUUCCCGGCCGACCAUCGCAGUAGCCCGGUGACUUUUGCGUCAUUCUGGCUGGGUAUGUCCACGGUUGUGUUUGCACUCUCACCGAUGUCCAUUGUGCCCACUAUACAUCAUGACAUGCGUAAGCCGGAACAAUACGGUCAUGUCAUUGUACUAGCGUACACCAUUGGCAUUCUCAUGUGCUUGUCCACUGGGGUGGUGGGCUUUGAGACGUUCGGACAGCUGUCCCAUCCGAAUGUACUGCGCAACGUGCAGUGCCGAAGCUCGCACGCCAUAUGGAUUGCUAGUAUGGUCAGCUCAGCUGCAACAUUUGUGUACUUCAUGUGUUCGGUGGUCCUCUCGUUGUUGCCGAUGACACAGCACCUGGAGGAAGCACUGAAGAUGCCCUUGAACAAUAUUAGCAUUGGUCACGUCCUUAUCCGUAUGGGAACACUGCUGGCCGCGUUAGCAGUCGCCGUAGCAAUGCCUGAGUUCCACAAGUAUGCAUCAUUGCUCGGUGCGUCAUCAAUGGCGCUCAACAACUUCAUCUUUCCCCCACUGUUCUACUACUGGAUAACGAAAGCCACCGGUCGUGAAUUGCACUGGGCUCAGCUUGGCUUCUUGCUGUUUGUGCUGGUUACGGGCAUAGUCAGUGGCCUGGCAGGGACCUAUGCUGCAAUUAGGAAUAUUAUUGCGAAUUCAACACCAAAUCCAUGUCAUAAGAUUACCAAGGCAAGGCUGGUGAGUGGUGGUACGGCAGUGAUGGAAGCGGAGCAGCUGAUUAUGUCGUCUGAAGAUAUCGCACCGGCUUCCGCUGGAGAAGAGCUUGAGAUGCCUGCGUCGGAAAUGGACAAUCUUCUGCGGAAUCGGGAUGACACAACUCCAGCGUCACUGAAAGAGUCCGUAGACCGUGACACUCGCAGUUCUGACGGCACGGCCGGGGGGUUUUCUCGGUCCAAAGGCCUGAGCGUGUUCACUGCGAGCGGGCUGAUCAUGCUAACGGUUGUGUUUCCUUGGUCAAUGCCGUACGCCUUGGCACAGUCAUCCUUGCUGGGUGGUGCAAUGAUUAUAGUACUGGGAGGCACCAUUAUGUUGUACAUGGCAGCACUGGUGGGGAGAUGCUGGGUGAUAAUGAUGGAAACUUGGCCCGAUCAGUAUAGUCAUCAGAAAGUGAGACGUGUUUACCCUGCCAUAGCCAAGGAAGCCGGUGGUCGUUUCUGGGAAAUAGCUACUCUGAUUUCGGUGGACUUCACGAACUUUGGAGCUGGUGUUGUGCUGCUGCUUGCCUCAGCGUCAAUGGCAGAUGUGUUAUUACCCGGACACUUCUCUGUCAGAGUGUGGGCAGUGUUUGGGGCAAUUAUUCUUCUGCCUCUGAUCUGUUUUGGCACUAUGAUGGAUGCAUGGUGGCUGGGCGUAUUGGGAGGACCACUAACAAUGUCUGCUGGGCUCACUAUGUUGCUUGCGGUCGUUUUGAGCAAAGUAUACCCUGAAAACACAAUCUCACAUCCCAGCUCGCAGAUAGUCAGUUAUGCAACAAAUAUGACAUCAUCUCCCUGGACAAUGACACCAUCACCACUAUCAUCCACAGGAUCUAGUAUUGCCUUCCAGGAGAGCGCCAGUACCGUCACGUUCUCUACGUUUUGGGUGGGCAUGUCAACAAUAGUAUUUGCGCUGUCGCCCAUGUCCGUCAUUCCUACGGUGCAGCACGACAUGCGCAAGCCGGAACACUAUCCACGCGCCAUCUUGCCUGCGUUUACUCUUGGCAUCCUGGUCUGCUUGUCUAUCGGAGUGGUUGGCGUGGAGACUUUCGGCCAACACUCCAAUCCAAACACACUCAGCAGUGUGCGGUGUCGCAGCUCCCCAACAGUGCAGGUCGUCCUCAAGGUCAGCUCUGUGCUGAAUUGUGCAUUUGGCAUGUGCAUCACAUUGGCAAAUCUGCUUCCACUUACACAACAUCUGGAGGAGGCAGCUGAUCUACCUAAAGAAGUUGGCUUCAAACACAUCCUGGUUCGUUCAAGCACUCUGCUCUUUGCCCUUGCUGUGGGCUUGGCUCUGCCUGAAUUUCACAAGUAUGCCUCGUUGAUUGGUGCAUCGUCAAUGGCGCUCAACAACUUCAUCUUUCCUCCGCUGUUCUACUACUGGAUUGUGAAGAAAGCUACCGGUGUCACCUUGCACCGCGCUCAGAUAGGUUUCUUUCUAUUUGUGCUGGUCGUUGGUGCUAUUAUUGGACUUGCCGGGACCUAUUCCGCAAUCCGGAAUAUUGUUGUGACCUCAACACCAAAUCCAUGCGGGGCGUAGCGGCGUGUAAAAGCUCGCACACUCUUGGCAGUGUCAGGUACAAGUCUUUUCUUCUUCUCAAAUUUCUCCUCCGAAUAUCAUGAUCGAGGAGGCUUGGGUCCUGAUUAGAUGUACAGCUGCAGUCCCAACUGGUAAAUAGGCAGGUUGUAUGCAUAUGCAUGUAUAAUGAGCGCAGACCAGCUAGGCGGUGCAGCAUACAUCUGGCAUCCUGGCCAUUUUCGCAAACAAAGCAAAACUGACUCGUGCAAGCUAAUUACAAGGCAAAUGGGCUGGCCAUCCUAGACUGCAGUAGAUCUCAGGUGCUUCGAACUGGGGUCCCGGCUGACUGGGCUAGCUUGUUUGGAAUGCAAACGCCCAUAGGAGUUUUCAGUUUGUUUGUGUAUACAUGCCCGGGACGGGACCCCGGAUGCAGGCGGGCUAGUCCGCCGUCUUGGCCAGCCUGGGCUGGUAAUGCACAUGCAUGUAUAACCACCCCCCACUGCAGUACAGUGUAGUAAUAUAACUACCACCUGCUACAUUAGAAGGAACUCUUCGCUGGUUGUGUUUCUCAACUACUUUGAGUGAUCAUGUUUGAAAUGCGACGAUUAUGACUACAGGUACAUAUUAAUAUUUAUAAUAUCUACCCCCGCCACCCAGAAAAUCCUAAAAUUUCUUGAAAGUUAUGCCCGUUCCGAUUUUAAUUUAUUUUCGCCAUGCUGGCUGUGAUCGAUCACACAUGGUUUAAAUGCUAUGUCUGUAUUCAAUUCUGGUAAAGAGUCGCGUUCCACAGCGGACCAACAUCA